AUGACACGUGAAUGUGGCCGCCUUUGGAGAGCUCUUGACCAACAAACCAAGUUAAAGUACAAAGACAUCGAAUUCCUCAAGACAUUGCCAAAUCCGUUUGGACGUGGUGAAUGCCCUGGACCCGAUGGUGGGACUUCUGAAGCAUCCCGAGCAAAAAACAAGAAAAGUCACUUCUAUCAGAGUGCCGAAACCGAACUUUGGAGCAGAAAGGUGAUGCUUGAUUUAAAAAAUCUUGGUGCCGCGCACAACAUUGAAGGGUUUGUCAUGUUGUAUAAGGGGAAUUCAAACGAAGUUGUUAGUGGCGGUAGCUUUAUGGGAGAGCAGUUUGUGGAUAUGUUUGCAAAGGAUAAGAAGUUGGACAUCAGUUCCAACUUUCUAUCCUUUGCAAGCAGUCAAGAGGUGAUCAGGAAAGCAACUGGUCAAGUUGCUAAAGUGGUCCGACCUAGGAAACGAGCCCAAAAGCUUGGUUCAAAGGAAACCGCUUGGAAUCUUGGAGGAAGAGAAAAGAAUCGAGAUGCCGCCCAAGAAAAAUUGAAUGAAGCAAUCAGCAAAGCGACACACAGCAGGAGGAAGUGGCCCGGAAAAACAACCGAGAAAUCUCUGAAGAAGCUCGGUGUUACUUUGCGCAUCAAGGACAACAGCUAUGGAAUCAACGUGUCCCAUUUUUGCGGCAAGCCCGGCGCCAUGGGUGACAAGCAAUUGCAAAAGGUCUUGAGGGCCUUUGCCAAAGAUUUGGUCGUUCUCACGGGGCCACCAGCACCUGAGGUUCCCGAGACGUUGGGUGCUGAUCCCAAAGAGACCUCGGACAAGGAGUUGGAACCUUCAAACUCAAACAAAGGUGAAUGUGUGAUUGCAAAGGCUCCCAAAAAGAAGAUCACAACUGAUCACCGCCGUCUCAAGAGCAAUACUGCCGGAGCCAGCGCGAAGGCCGCUCGGACCACAAGCACGAAUGCUGGUAAGAAGCAAAAGCGACGUUUGUCUGAUUUUUCCAAAAGCGGGGAAGACACGCCAAGUUCUUCUGAUGAUGAUGGAGAUGAAGAUCAAGAUGCAAAUUUCAACGACAGCGAUGACAAUGAUGAAGAUGAUGACAAUGAAGAUAUUGACGAUGAAGAUGAAUAUGAAGAAGGGGAUGUUGAUGAUGAGGUUGAUGACUGA